AUGGCUUGUGGUGACAAAGUUGAUAGAGUGAUACAUCCAGAAAUACCAGUCAAGUCUGUUGAAGGAAAAUGGGGUAAGCACAUCUGGCCACUCCUCCUCACAGUGUUAGCAGAAAACGGAAACAAAGGCCAUAUGGCCAGAAACAUGCAGAAUGUAUUAAGAUCGCCUGGACUCAAACACUUCAUGAAUGUCACCACAGUCGAAUAUGCGGAUGGUCAAGUAUUUUAUGAUAUACUCAAGUGCAUCCUCCCACGUAUCGUCCAAAUUCUCCCCAAGAACUCAACAUUAGUACAUGGGAGGACACACCAGCUAAAACAAUAUAUUAUUCAAUAUGAACAAUGUUGUGAACACAUUUCAAAUGAUUACAAGAAGGACUUCCACUUUAGCAAGCAACACGCCAUAAAUCAUAUUCUCACAGAAAUCCGGCAGAAAGGUGCGACAGAUAACUACAACACACGAGUCAGCGAGGGCUUUCAUCAAGAGGCGCAAGAAGCCUACAAGCAGACAAACCGGAAAGAUACAGACAGCCAGCCCACCAUAACGACACUGAGGACCAAGACUUAG